AUGUUUGCCGAAAAGAAGUCUUCUCACUCUCCUAUUGAACUCCCCAUGCAAUGGGUUGCCAACAUGGACGUUGAUGUUCAACCCAAGGCUGCCCGUAAGACCUCCAUCAUCUGUACUAUCGGCCCCAAGACCAACAAUGUUGAAAAGCUCACUGAAUUAAUUGAUGCUGGUAUGAACAUUGUUCGUAUGAACUUCUCUCACGGUGACUAUGACUACCACAAGUCUGUCCUUGAUAACGCUCGUGCUGCUGCUGCUAACCGUCCCGACAAAGUGAUUGCUAUUGCCCUCGAUACCAAGGGUCCUGAAAUCCGUACAGGUAUGAUGGCUAAUGAUGUUGAAGUUCCUGUCACCAAGGGUCACGAAAUGAACUUCACUACUGACGAAAAGUACUUGAACGCUUGUGAUGGUGAAAACAUGUACAUUGACUACAAGAACUUGCCCAAGGUCAUUGAAGUCGGUAAGAACAUUUACGUUGAUGACGGUGUUCUCUCCUUCAAGGUUAUCUCUAAGGGUGACGACUUUGUUCGUGUUCAAGCCUUAAACAACGGUAAACUUUGCUCCAAGAAGGGUGUCAACCUUCCCAAGACUGCUGUUGAUCUUCCUGCUCUUUCUGAAAAGGACAAGAACGAUCUUCGUUUUGGUGUCGAAAACGGUGUUGAUAUGAUCUUUGCCUCUUUCAUUCGUCGUGCUCAAGAUGUCAAGGACAUCCGUCGCGUUCUUGGCGAAAAGGGUAAGAACAUCAAGAUCAUUGUCAAGAUUGAAAACCACCAAGGUAUCAUCAACUUUGAUGAAAUCCUUGCUGAAACGGAUGGUGUCAUGAUUGCCCGUGGUGAUAUGGGUAUUGAAAUCCCUUGUGAACGUGUCUUUGUUGCUCAAAAGAUGAUGAUUGCCAAGUGUAACUUGGUUGGUAAGCCCGUUGCUUGUGCCACCCAAAUGCUUGAAUCCAUGACCUACAACCCUCGUCCUACGCGUGCCGAAGUGUCUGAUGUUGCUAACGCUGUUCUUGACGGUGCUGAUCUUGUCAUGCUUUCUGGUGAAACCGCCAAGGGUUCUUACCCCGUUGAAGCCGUUCAAACUAUGUCUACCACCUGUAGCUUAGCUGAAAGCGUCCUCUGUUACGCUCCUCUUUUCAACCAAAUCCGUGGUUUGACUCCCUGGCCCACUGACACCACGGAGACUGUUGCAUGUGCUGCUGUCUCUGCUGCUGCUGAACAAAACGCUGGUGCUAUCAUUGUCCUCUCCAAGUCUGGUCACUCUGCUCGUCUUGCUUCCAAGUACAGACCUGCUCAACCCAUCAUUCUUGUCACCCGUGAAGAACAAACUGCUCGUCAAUCUCACCUUCACCGUGGUGUCUUCCCCUUCGUCUACACCAAUGAUGUUGCUGCCAAGUGGGAUGAAGAUGUUGAGUCUCGUAUCAAGUGGGGUAUUCAACAAGGUAAGAACUCUGGUCUUAUCAAGUCGAACGAUCCUGUUGUCGUUGUCCAAGGCUGGAAGGGUGGUUUGGGUAACACCAACACCUUGCGUGUACUCAUUGCUCCUUAA